AUGGCCAACAUCCCCGAGAAGUUCACCGGCUUCCAGGUCAACAGCGCCGAGACCUGGCAAGACUUCAAGAAGCAGCAGUUCGACCCUAAGCCCUUCGGAGACUACGACGUCGAUAUCAAGAUUGAGUGCUGCGGUGUCUGCGCCAGUGAUGUUCACACCGUCAAGGGUGACUGGGGUGCUCAGCCCUACCCUCUGGCCGUCGGCCACGAAAUUGUCGGCAAGGCUCUGAGAGUCGGCCCCAAGGUCACCAAGAUCAGGGCCGGUGAGCGUGUGGGUGUCGGUGCCCAGUCCUACGCCUGCCUCGACUGCCGCCAAUGCAAGAACGACAACGAGACAUACUGCAAGGAGCAGCUCGACACCUACGGAUCUACCUUCCCUGACUCCGGCGCCAUCUCACAGGGCGGUUACUCAUCCCACGUCCGCACCCACGAGCACUGGGUCUUCCCCAUCCCCGAAGCCCUCCCGAGCACCCUCGCCGCGCCCAUGCUUUGCGCCGGUUUGACCGCCUACAGCCCUCUCAUCCGCAACGGCUGCGGUCCGGGCAAGAAGGUCGGCAUCGUCGGUAUUGGUGGCAUUGGUCACUUCGGUGUCAUGUUCGCCAAGGCCCUCGGCGCCGAGGUCUGGGCCAUCUCCCGCUCCCGCUCAAAGGAGGCCGACUCCCUCAAGAUGGGCGCCGACGGCUACCUCGCCUCCGGCGAGAAGGGCUGGAACGAGCCUCACAAGAUGACGUUCGACCUUAUCCUCAACACGGCCAACUCCUUUGAGGGCUUCGACCUCUCUGCCUACCUCAGCCUUCUCGACGUCCACGGCAAGUGGGUUUCCGUCGGUCUUCCGGGAGGCGGCGGCAUCACCGUCCGCAACCAGGACUUCCUGCCCAAUGGCUGCUUCAUUGGUAGCUCCCACUUGGGCAGCAGACGCGAGACGCUAGAGAUGUUGCAGCUGGCUGCGGACAAGGGCAUCAAGACGUGGGUGCAGGAGGUUCCCAUCAGCGCGGACGGUCUGAGGAAGGCUAUGAACGGUAUCGAGGACUCUAGUGUCCGUUACAGGUAUUGCCUGACCAACUACGAGGAGGCGUUUGGCCAGUAG